AUGUCUUCAGAAGACGAUCGUCGAGUUACCGUUAUGGAGAGUCUUCGCGCCGGCCACAAAGCCAGCGAAAUUACUGAAUGGUUUAAAUAUCAUAAAGCCAUGGUCUACCACUGUAACACCCCUUUUCUUUUUUUCUUUCUUUCUCUCUCUCUUUCUUUCUUUCUAUCUGCUUCAAUAUAUUUCGCGUUCUUUCUUUCUUUCACCAUAACUUUUUCUUCCAUUUCUAUCCCAUUCUUUCUUUCUUCCUUUCAUUCUUUCUUUCUUUCUUUCUUUCACCAUAACUUUUUCUUCCUUUUUUUCCAUUUCUAUCCCAUUCUUUCUUUCUUUCUUUCUUUCUUUCUUUCUGCUUCAAUAUAUUUCGCGUUCUUUCUUUCUUUCUUUCUUUCACCAUAUCUUUUUCCCUUCAGUAUCUAUCUAUCUAUCUAUCUAUCUAUCUAUCUAUCUAUCUAUCUAUCUAUCUUUCUUUUUGUAUCUAUCUAUCUAUCUAUCUAUCUAUCUAUCUUUUUCCCUUUCAGUAUCUAUCUAUCUUUUUCCUUUCCAUAUCUAUCUAUCUAUCUAUCUAUCUAUCUAUCUAUCUAUCUUUUUCCCUUCAGUAUCUAUCUAUCUAUCGUCCUUUCUUUUUGUGAAAAAAAGAAACAGCAGAAUAUGUUCUUUAUUUUUUUUUUUCUCCAUUCAUUUCUCUUUUUGCACCAUUUGUUUCUUUUCUUUUUUCUUUCUUUCUUUCUUUUUCUUUCUUUCUUUUCUUUCUUUAUGCCUCUACUCUGUUUAUAUCUAUCUAUCUAUCUAUCUUUUUUCCUUCCAUAUCUAUCUAUCUAUCUAUCUAUCUUUUCCCUUUCAGUAUCUAUCUAUCUUUUUCCCUUCCAUAUCUAUCUAUCUAUCUAUCUAUCUAUCUAUCUAUCUAUCUAUCUAUCUAUCUUUUUCCUUUUCAGUAUCUAUCUAUCUUUUUUCCUUUCCAUAUCUAUCUAUCUAUCUAUCUAUCUAUCUAUCUAUCUAUCUAUCUAUCUAUCUAUCUUUUUCCCUUUCAGUAUCUAUCUAUCUUUUUCCCUUCCAUAUCUAUCUAUCUAUCUAUCUAUCUAUCUAUCUAUCUAUCUAUCUAUCUUUUUCCCUUCAGUAUCUAUCUAUCUAUCGUCCUUUCUUUUUGUGAAAAAAAGAAACAGCAGAAUAUGUUCUUUAUUUUAUUUUUUUCUCCAUUCAUUUCUCUUUUGCACCAUUUGUUUCUUUCUUUCUUUCUUUCUUUCUUUCUUUCUUUCUUUCUUUCUUUCUUUCUUUCUUUAUGCCUCUACUCUGUUUAUAUCUAUCUAUCUAUCUAUCUUUUUUCCUUCCAUAUCUAUCUAUCUAUCUAUCUAUCUUUUUCCCUUUCAGUAUCUAUCUAUCUUUUUCCCUUCCAUAUCUAUCUAUCUAUCUAUCUAUCUAUCUAUCUAUCUAUCUAUCUAUCUUUUUCCCUUUCAGUAUCUAUCUAUCUUUUUCCUUUCCAUAUCUAUCUAUCUAUCUAUCUAUCUAUCUAUCUAUCUAUCUAUCUAUCAUCUUUUCCCCUUCAGUAUCUAUCUAUCUUUUCCCUACCAUAUCUAUCUAUCUAUCUAUCUAUCUAUCUAUCUAUCUAUCUAUCUAUCUAUCUGUUUCCCCUUCAGUAUCUAUCUAUCUUUUUCCCUUCCAUAUCUAUCUAUCUAUUCAUCUAUCUAUCUUUUUCCCUUUCAGUAUCUAUCUAUCUUUUUUCCAUAUCCAUCUAUAUCUAUCUAUCUAUCUAUCUAUCUAUCUAUCUAUCUUUUUCCCUUUCAGUAUCUAUCUAUCUUUUUCCCUUCCAUAUCUAUCUAUCUAUCUAUCUAUCUAUCUAUCUUUUUCCCCUUCAGUAUCUAUCUAUCUUUUUCCCUUCCAUAUCUAUCUAUCUAUCCUUUUUCUGAAAAAGAAAAAGAAAAUUCUUUCUCUCCUUGUUUCGCCCCUCCCCCGCCACUCCUUCUUCAUAAGCACACAUUUCAGUUGACAUCUGGUACUUUCACGCCGUGUUCCUAA